AUGGCUCUUUCCCUGGGUGAAUUACCCUUCCAGGACGGGCCUGCUGAAACGCUAACGACGGAAGUCGAGCCUGAAGCGAUAAAUAUCCGAAACAUCCCACCGAAGCUUAUUACCCUUCGAGCAGGAUCCAUCUAUGUCUUGGACGAGACAAUGGCUAAGGCUCUGUGGAGAGCUGGAUACGGGCAAUAUGUCAGUAGGGACGCAGGCAACACAGAGCUUAUUCUCCGGCCCUCCGAGGCGAGCUUUGCAGUCGAACACGAUGGCUUUCUGCUUCAGUGUGACCUGAAUGCCCCCGUGCAGGUCAAAGAUUGGAACACCGUCCUCGCUGAUUACAUCAUCUUCAAGCAACUUCGCCUCAACCAUGGUCUGUACCCCCGUAAUGGGAUUAAAUUUGGCUGUGACUAUACCGUUUAUAGAGUACCAACUCCCGAGCAAGCUCACUCAGAUUUCCUUCUCCAAGUUGUGACGGGGACGUCUACCGGUGUAGCGUCUCUCUGCGAGCUUGCACACCGGUAUCAUAAGAGUGUGAUGCUCGCAAGUCUUGUUGAUGGCGAGCCCGUCGUUCAAGUCUUGGAUGUCUAUCUUGUCUGA